GUCGAUUAUUUUGAAUAACGCAAGAGUAAUUGAAGCUACUUCAAACAAAUGCAGCCAAGCGUUGAAACAUUAGCGCAAAAAACAUUCAGUUUAUCUUUUCAUAACAUCACGUACCGAUGCAAACAGAAAGAUGAAUCUGUGAAUCUAAUUCUUAAUAAUGUAUCCGGUUCGUUCAACUCCGGCCGUAUGGCCUGUAUUCUGGGACCAUCCGGAGCAGGUAAAUCGAGCUUUUUGAACAUCCUCAGCGGAUACAGGAAAUCGGGAGUCUCCGGUCAGCUAAGAAUCGAUGGUGCCAUUCUAUCGAGUCGACAAAAACGGAAGUUAAUUUCGUACACACCUCAAGAAGCUAGUCUCUGGUUGAAUCUAACCGUUAUCGAAAGCAUGAACUUUGCAGCUGACUUCAAACUCCCAGCAACAGUGACAAAAGAUACUAAACGUGCGAACAAUCGAAAGUUACUUGAAGUUUUGAGUCUCGGCAAAUGUUCAAACACACUGGUGAAGAAUCUCUCCGGCGGGGAAUUGAAGCGACUGGCGAUAGGUGUCGAGCUUGUUUCCGAUCCGAAAGUAAUGCUCUUGGAUGAACCCACCAGCGGACUAGACACGGUCACUUCUUAUCAGGUGCUGAACUACGUUCAAAGUUUAACGUUUCAUCAAAAUAGGGUCAUAAUCUGCGUCGUACAUCAGCCGAGCUCCAAUCUUUUGAGGUUGUUCGAUGAUGUGUUGGUUAUCUCGAAGGGUAGGAGACUAUAUUGUGGACCGUUAGCGGAGAUGGUGAAUACUUUCGGAACGGUUGGAUUAGAGUGCCCGGUUUCACAUAGCCCAGCUGAUUUCGCACUUGAAGUUGCCUGUCUUGACCACGAGGAUGACAGAUUGCAGCAAUUGAUGGCUAGCGAGGAAGAGAAAUCGCUAAAGGUGUGUACUGAAGAACGAAUCUCGGUGGACUCUGAAGAUCAACGGAGGUAUAUGCUUAGUAACCGUGAACAGCUCAGCGUUCUUCUUAAGAGAACAGUUCGCUGUACGCUAAGAGAUAACUACAACGUGAAAGCUCGCACUAUAAUCAGCGUCCUGAUCGCUACGCUGACCGGUAUUGCAUUCUAUGAUACAGGAAACAAUGUGGCGAAAAUUAUUUCGAAUACCUCAGUGCUAAUGGUCAUUAUGUAUAGCGUGUUCUUCACAAGUGCAUUUUCAGCGAUCCUUACAUUUCCUUUAGAAUCAGCUGCCUUCAUUCGAGAACACAAAAACAACUGGUAUUCGCUGACACCAUACUAUUUCUCUAAGCUUAUAGUGGAAGUUCCAGCUCUGAUUUUCUCUACAACAGCGUCCUUCCUCAUAAUGUACUUUCUGACAGGGCAACCGAUGGAACUGAUACGAAUACUGGUCCUGUGGAUCACAUCUAUACUGUCCGGUUGGGUUACCCUACUGCUAGGGCUUCUCCUGGGGAACAUGUACCCAAUGCAAACGUCGGUUUUUCUUACCGUGCUCAUUAUCAUCCUGUUCAGUCUGUUUGCCGGAUUUUUUGUGACGCUGAAAGAUAUGCCCCUGUAUUUGAAACCCUUAACGUUCAUUUCUUUCGUACGCUAUAGUCUGGAAGGAGCCGUCAACGCUGUCUACGGUUUCGGCAGAAGGGAUAUGGAGUGCCGAGACGUGUUCUGCUAUUUUACACUAAGGAAGUUUCUAGCUCUGCUGGGUAUGCCGGAGAUUGAUUGGAUUUACGACUUUCUUGGUUUGGUGGUUUGGAGUUUGAUUCUGCAUGUAGUACUGUACCUAAGUUUGUUGAAACGUACCAAAAGGGAUGCAUAAUUGUUGUUGUAUAUACCGUAUUAUAUUAGGUUAAUGGAUAAAUUGCUUGUAUUUAACUUCGGAGUUUAAUAAGUUGGACUUUGUGUUACGAAUUUUUCUCAUCAGUAGCUGGCAGACCAACUUAGCUCUUUUGCUAGAUACCAAUAAAUUCUCAUACAAAAUAAAACCCUAAUUAUUCUGUAUUGGUAACAGGGUUACCAUAUUCACAGAUUUUUCUGUAAUGACACAGAUUUUUUUUCACAAUUUUUAAUCACAGAUUUUUUUUUCACAGAUGACAGAUUUUUGGCAUUUUGAUAAAAAUUUCACAGAUUUUUGGAAAUAUUGUGAUUUUUCACAGAUUUUUUGGAAAUUUAUCAAAGAUUUCCACAGAUUUUUUCCCCGUUUUAGUCAUCACAGAUGGUAAAAUGAUUUUUUUGGCCGAAACACAGAUUUCAAUGUGUCAUCCCUGAUUGGUAAGUCGAACUUUAUUGAAAUUUUUUAUACUGUCAUGUUAUUAUUACUGCAUAUGCUUUGGAAUGACACCGCCUUUUACUUUCUUCACCAGCAUCAGGCGUUUCUCAAAACCAUCACAAGCGGCACGCACGGCCUCAAUCGACAUUUCGUCCCAAAUUCGUUCAAUUACUUUUUUGAAUUGGGUUAUAUUGCUCAUCGAUAAAAUGUUUGACCACACAAAAUAAUCCAAGGGAUUAGGAUCCGGGGAGCUGAGAGGCCAUUCUUCCUCUGCCAAAAAAUCGUCCAAAUUAUUCCGACACCAGCUCUGAACGACAUUCGCUGUGUGGGAAAGCGCUCCGUCCUGCUGAAACACGUAAUGGUCAUUUCCAAACAUUGUUUGAAGACUUGACUUUAAGACUUUCUCCAAAACUUCAGUUUUAUAAUACACAGCGUUAAUUUUAACGCCUCUGUCGAUGAAAACAAGCGAAAAUUUGCCACGCUUGCAAAUUGCUCCCCAAACCAUCACUGAACCGCUUUGGAAUCGAGGAAUGUUCCUGUCACUAUCUGACAAAUUCCUGAAAGUGACAGCACACAAUCGAUUAUUUUGGGCAUUGUGAGACUGCUGCAGGAAAAAUAAUUUUUCAUCAGAAAAUAUAAAUUCUUCCCCAGCGU